AUGGCCAGUACAGCUGUGCCUCUAUCAUCUUUAUAUUCUCUUCCUAUGCAUUCUGCCUUCAAUCCAACUGCUGUAGCUCUACACGCUACAAUUUUGGUAUCAGAGCAUCCAUCUUGGGCAACCAUGAUCCAAGCUUUCAUAGCAACCUCUAGCAAGAGGAUUGAGGACUUGGAGGAGUUGCAGAAGAAACGAGAAAUUGCAGUCCAACGUUGGGAAUCGUUGGUGGUGGAUAUUCAUCGGAGGGAAGCUUUCUGGCAGGAUGUACAGUCUAACAUGGCGCUAGCUCAGGAAGGCCCAGAUGGGAAUUUCGACCCAAAUACCUACAUACCAUACACUACUUUCAUAUCCCAUCCUUAUCACACACCAGCCCAUUUUCCUACCCCACCUGAAGCCCAACCUCAACAGUUGCGUAUGCCAAAAGGGAAAUUGCCUUUCCCAGAAUUUGAUGGUAUUAAUCCUCGAUCUUGGAUUCGGCGUUAUGAUCAUUAUUUCAACCUGUACCAUGUCCCUGAGGUCGAAAAAAUGACAUAUGUUGCCAUCAAUACCAGGGAGGCCAUUGAUAACUGGUAUGAUUCUUAUAUGAUAGACCAUGGAGGUUAUGUUACUUGGCCCCAAUUUUGUGUGGAUAUUUGUGAACGUUAUGGUCAAUCCAAGGCCUUUAAUGAAAUCACAGAGUUCAACCGAUUGCAACAAUGGGCUGAUGUGGACAGUUUUCAAAAGAAGUUCGAGGAUCUACGCUGCCAUGUCUUACGAGCUAGGCCCCAUUUAGAUGAGGCCUAUUUCAUUGAAUGCUUUGUGGGCGGCCUAAAAGAAGAACUUGGGCCCUUGGUUGAUGUGGCUAACCCACAAACUUUGUUAGAAGCAUACAAGUUUGCCAAACGUUAUGAGCGUUCUCUCAAUGCUUCUGCCAGACAGACCUUGUCCAAAAUGCCCAAGCCCAACCCAUCACAGUAUCCAGCCAAAGCCCAGGUUCCUUUUUCUGCUGGUCGAAGCUCGGGAAAUAACUUCAAGGUGACGGGCCAGAAAAACCUUUCUAUCGAGGCCUUGAGAGAGCAGAACCUAUGGUUCAAGUGCUAUGAUAAAUACUCUCCUGGUCACCAAUGCAAGCCCAAGGCAUUGAAUACGAUGGAAGGUGAUGAGACAUUUAUGGAGGCCCUUGAUGAAGAAUUGCAGAAUGAUGCAACGGGUGAAGGAGAGACUGAACAAGCAGAGGUAGUGAUUAAUGCUAUGCUGGGCCAAAAUGGGUCCUCCACUGCAAUACGCAUUGAAGGGCGGAUAAGGAAAUUUCCCGUCAUGGUCCUUAUCGAUAGCGGAGCAACGCAUAGCUUUGUGGAUCCCCGAGUUAUUAAGCAAUUGCGACUGAACAUGGUACCUACUGAUCGGAUCAUGAAUGUGAAGGUGGCUAAUGGUCAGAUAAUGAAAUGCAACCAAAGGUGCUCAAAAUUUUCGUGGACAAUGAAUGGAGAGGCCUUUGUGUGGGACUUGAAUGUGUUAGGAGCAGGUGGUAGUGACAUUGUACUUGGAAUGGAUUGGCUCGAUUCUGUAACGCCUGUUUUGCUGCACACCCAUCCUCGUAGCAUCUCAUUUUUCAGAGGUGAAAGGCUGGUCACAUUAAAUAGCAGUGACGAUGUGGGCUUGAUUGAAUCGGCGGAUGCUAAAUCUAAACAACGAUUGUUGAAGGUGGGCCGCUGUGUCAUGACAACCCAGUUGCUAUCCAGUGUAGCUGCUGACCCUCUGUUGGAAUUAGCUGAGCCCAUUAAGUCUUUAAUUAGAGACUUUGCUGAUAUUUUUAAAGAACCUCACGGACUUCCACCAAAAAGAGACCGUGACCAUGCAAUUGAACUAGAACCUGGAGCUAAGCCCAUCAACCAAAGACCUUACAAUACCCAGUACUUCCCAUUUGCUUCUCCAGUUAUUUUAGUGAAGAAGAAGGAUGCCACAUGGAGGUUUUGUGUGGAUUACUGGAGGCUUAAUGACAUCACAAUCAAGAAUAAAUAUCCAAUUCCAGUAGUUGAAGAUUUGCUUGACGAACUUAAUGGGGCUGCUUACUUUUCCAAGUUAGAUCUGAGGUCCGGAUACCAUCAAAUACGUAUGAGGCAAGGGGAUGAAUUCAAGACAGCAUUUAAAACUCAUCAUGGAUUGUGGGAGUUUAGAGUAAUGCCUUUCGGCCUUACUAAUGCACCAGCUACAUUUCAAGCUUUGAUGCAUAAACUUUUCAGUCCAUAUUUAAGGAAAUUUGUCCUUGUUUUCUUUGAUGACAUAUUAGUAUACAGUAUGUCCCUAGAAGAUCAUUUGCAGCAUUUGAAAAUGGUAUUUGAAGUUCUAAGGGCCAAUUUGUUGUUCGUUAAGAUGUCAAAAUGUUGUUUUGGCCGACCCCAAAUUGAAUACUUGGGCCAUUUGAUAUCAGGCCAAGGGGUGAGUACUGACCCAUCAAAGGUUGAAGCAAUGGUGGAUUGGCCUUAUCCACAAAAUGGAGCAUUUAGUUGGAGUGAAAAAGCUUCUUUGGCGUUUGAUGAACUGAAAAAUGCCAUGAUUAGAGCUCCUGUUCUGGGACCUCCUGAUUUCUCUGUUCCAUUUAUUAUUGAGGUUGAUGCAAGUGGGACAGGGAUUGGAGCAGUCUUGAUGCAAAAUCACAAGGCAAUAGCUUUUCUAAGCCAAGCCUUGUGCCCAAAACAUUUGGGCUUGACCACGUACGAGAAGGAGCUGUUGGCCUUACUGAUGGCAGUAGACAAAUGGCGGCAUUACCUUCAGCCCAACCAUUUUAUUAUCCGGACAGACCACUUCAGCCUCAAAUUCUUGAAGGAUCAAAGGGUGACUACGACUUUGCAACAUAAAGGUGUCUCCAAACUUAUGGGCCUCAGCUAUGAAAUACAAUUUCGUAAAGGGGUUGAUAACGUUGUGGCAGACGCUUUAUCCAGAAAAUUUGAAUCCAAUAGCGAAGAUAUUGGGCCAUCAGAAUGCUAUGGACUAUCAGUUGUUCAGCCCAAAUGGGUUCACGAGCUAAUUGACAGCUAUGAUGGGGACCAAGAAGCCCAAAAGUUGAUGGCACAAUUAACUCUGGACUCCACUGCUGUUCCAAAUGUCACUUUCAUCAAGGAGUCUUACGAAUGA